AUGGGAAUGGUGAGGGUGACCAAGGUCUUACCAACUUUGAAAAAGUUGAUUGAGGAGGCCAUAAAGAAAGCUAAUGAUAGCCUUGACACCCGUCAAAAGCAACUCGAAUGUCCUACUACCUCCGCUUCAGGAAGCGGUGUCUCCUACUGUCAGUCUCAGGAGACUGAAAUUCAAAAAGCUAAUGAACAACUUAAAACUCUAGAAUCUAAUAAUCCUAAUGACUCUAAAAAGCAAAUUGCUGAACAAAACGCUAAAAUAAAAAAAGCCGAAGCCUCUAAAAAUGACUGUGCUAAGACCCAUUACCUCCCUGAGGAGGAGAGAGAUAAGGGAUUGGAUGAAGUGAGGCAGCAGAGAGAAAUUGUUAAGAAACUCACUGAAUUUAAAGAUACUUUAACUAAUAAUAAUGAUAUUUUAACGCAUUUAUGUGACGGCCUCGAGAAAUUCCUCGGCUUCAACUCUGACUCCAAAGGCUACGACGGCACUGGGAUAGUGUACUCCGACUUGGACAGGCUGUGUGACGCGGUGAUGGGAUUUUUGAGUGGUGUGCUUGGUGCGGUGAAGGAUGAUGAAGCGGUUAAAACGUACGAUAAAAGUGAUGAAAACAUUGAAAAAGUUAUUAACAAGUUAAAUAAUAAUAUUGGCUCCGGGCGUGCUGGGCUUGUGGAGUCUGUCGCCGCGGUGAAGGGGUGGUUGGAGGGGUAUGGGAGGGAGGUGAAAGAAAAAAUAAAACAUGUAACUGCGCCUUUGAGAAAUAUGCAAGAGUUUGUUAUAAUAGAUAUUGAGACUAAAAUCUUAGAGAUGGAGCAUAAGGAUUAUGAAGAGAAUAUAGGUAAGUUGUCUACUUGGGCUCAUGAUCUUUCAGGUUUGACCGAGAAAACUCAAGACUCACUAAAUGCACUUAGCAAUAUUGAUAAACAUUUCAAUAAUGUCUUAUAUCAACACGUAAAUUCAAUUCAUCAAGCAGCUCACAGUUUCAGGGAGAACGGAAUUUCGGAUGUGAAUAAUCUCAAAGCUGUUUGUAGUAAUGUGAGUGUGCAAUUGAGAAAUGUGACAGCAGCCGUAAUAUCAUAUGCGGAUUGUGAAGGUGAAAAGUGCAUUACCGAUUUGAAGGAGGUAUUUACGAGACAAAUUAAGACGCCAAUCGAAAAUAUAAAGAUUCGGCUGAACAACCUUAAUGUUCAGUUGGAUGAUUGGAUCAUGAAGGCGCAGUUGGUUGUGAAUUCGACAAUUUCGCAGUGUACGGGUAUCAUCAAAAUCGUUCAAAACAAUGACCAUGGGCGCAUAAAAUCUGCAGAACGGAAUAACGUUGAAAAGGCGGCGACGGAACUGAAACAAAAGGCUGAUAAGCUUCGCAUUUUGGUAAUUGAAGCAAAAAGUGAAGUUCAAAGGCUUGUUAAAUCGGCAAUAAUUGCUGUAAACACAAUGAAUGAAGCCCUUAAGCGAAAUGUGCAAAGUUUGAAGGAUGAAAUAACGAAAAAAGUACAAGGUAUUAAAAAUAAAAUUGGUGAGCUUGGCAACCAGUAUGCCGAAGCCUCCGACCGCAAUUCCAUUAAAGGUAUUUUUGAGUAUAUUAAUAAACAAGUUGUAAGUAUUAAGAGUGGGGUAGGUUAUAAGGGGAACGAGAACAGUGGUAUAUAUAAGCAUUGGACGGAUCUCAAACCCGAAAUUGACCAACUGAUCAGAGAUCUUGCUGGUACAGAUCAAGACGAUGAUGACGAUCGAAAUGGUUAUCUUCAUGAUAUUGACGAAGGGGUCGGCAGAUAUGCCUUGCAGUUCAAAAUGCAAUUUGAAAAGGCGAUUAAAACAAUUGUGACAGCAAUGAUGGAAGGAGGAGAGGAAGAAAACAAAAUUAGAGGUUUCAUAAUAAAUGCUAGUGGUGGAGCGGGAUCAACUGAAAAAAUUAGAGCAGUGAAAACCGCAAUGACAAAUCAGAUUCUAAAACUUUCCGGCGCUGCAAAUAUACCUAACGCUGAACCUGACGAUGCUAAAAAAACCCUCGAAAGCAUCGUAACUUAUCUCAAUGAUUACGCCGAACAAAUUCAAAUGAAACUCAAUAUAUUAUCUGCAUUCAUUUUGUCGGUUGAAAAAGAUGACGCGUUAACUACAUUAAAUCACAAAGUAAGUCUAACGACGGGAGACAAAAAUCUGCAAUCUGCUGUGAGAAACGUACUAGCUACAGUGAAAAAAAUUAUAGAAGGCGCUAAAGAUGACGUUUCGCAGUUCAUAAAAGAUUCAAGUAUCGGCAAGCUCAACCAGGCUAUAGAGAAGGUCGAAAAUAUGCGAAAGACGUUUAAAUAUGAAGGCGUCACUGCAGCGCUCUCAGACGUGCUCCUAUUUAUUGAAAAGUUGCAUGACAGCCUCAGUACGACAACUGGCAAAGUCAGCAGCAAACUAAAAUCUGGUACUCACUACGCCGCCGAAGUUGAUGAAGCCAUCGAUCAGGUGACGACGAGACUUGAGCAGCAGAUACCUAGCGAGGGUAAUAAAGUUGACUUAAGCAAGGAAAAUGCUUUGGGGGAUUACACACUUCACGUUGAUCAAAAAUACAGGAGUCUUCAAGCCCUUGAAGUCGGUACAGUAGUAAGCUACGAAGCUGGCGCUCUUCCAGGCAAGAUUAUGGAUAUUCAAGGGCAGGUGAACGGGGACGACGUUUUGGGAAAAGUAUCUGAUGAAAACGAUACAACAAAUAUUCCCAGUAUGGGACAUGAUAAAGUAUACCGAAACACUUUCGACUUAUUACUUCAACAGAUUGAAAGCAAUAUGCAAACCUUCUGCGAAGCCGUCGAAGGAUUGGUUAAGACCGAUGCCGGUACGGUGAAAGAUGUGAUUCCAAAUAAAAGUAGAGGCGUGCAAAAUUUGUUAGAAGAUUUGCAAACAAUGAUCCAUUCUGACACGCUGUAUGGUACCCAGAUACAUCUUAGAGAAAUGUACAAGGAAAUUAAUACCAAUAUCAUUGGCGACGCCCGCAGCUAUAACAGUGACACAGUGCCCUCAAAUCUAACACAGAUAAUGGUUUUUGCAAAUAUGUUCAACAGUACUGCCAUUCCAAAUAGAAUCAAUGAAUGCAUUUCCGACAUCACCGCCAAAGUCAAAUACGAAGUCACCGAAAAAAUCAAGACCCUUAAAAAAUCGGCCCUCUCGCAGUUUGUAACCCGUAAAACUGCCGAGUUAGAGGAGCUGAAAAAGUUCGUUCACUACCAGAAAAAUAUCAUCAGUAAGACUAUUUUCACAAAUCAGACAACCGGCCUCAAGGGUCUGAUGAACACUAUUGGCAGCAACCUUCAGUCGUACAUUGAUCCACUGAGAUAUCCAAGCGUGAAAGAUUUGUCAAAACAUCUUGAUUUCUAUUUCAAUCCCCUCUUUACCCACAUCUCCACCGAAGCCUCCCCCUCCUCCCAACUGGUCGCCGGCCUCCAAGCCCGCACCUACGACCUCCUCACCCACCUCCACGACAACAAUCGCACCUUCACCUUCGACUCCGGUUUCCGCUCCCGCCUCCACUCGCUAACCUCCGCCCUGUCCACGUUCGACCCCGCUGCCUUCGCGAACCCGCACCACCCGCAACUCCUGGAUGCGCUGAAGGCAGGGAUGCGAGGGCUGGUAGGGGAGAUGGAAAAGGCGUAUGUUAAUAGGUAUGAUGGGCAUCCUAAGAUGGAGUGGGAGAAAGAUGUACCUACUAAAGAAUUAACGCCGACGCUAAGCGCUGCGCUAGGGUGUUAUUGA